AUGAACUUAAGAGAUACUGAGACAGGAUCUAUUGAGGAUCUACCUUUUAUAAAACACUCCCAUGGUAACAGGCCCUAUAUCAACAAGGAGAGUUUUGAAACAAACAAAGAGAGUAUGGAGGCAAAGAAGAACGUGAUUUAUUGGCAUAAGCAAGAGAUCAAAGUAGGAAUUGAACCUUGGGAGGAAAGUGAAGAUACUUCAACUGCUAGUAAAUCUCAAUUUAUACUUCGUACUGGCAUCAAUACACCAGGUCCUAAAGCCGAACCGCCAUUUGAAAUUGAUAUUCUUAAUCAUAUCUUUUUGUUUAAAGAUGGCAGAGAACAAUCUGUUUAUGUUAUCAAGAUUGCCUCUGUUUGUGCUUCUUGGGUGAUAAUUAAGAAAUUAGAUGAGAUUGUUGGGCUAAUCUCUGUGCUUAGAAAAGAGACUCCUCUUCUUGCUAAACUCAAUAUGAAGAACCUCGUAUCUAUUGCGCCGGAAAAACAAGAAGAAAGACUUUCUAUUCUUAAGCUAGUUCUUAAUAUGGCGCUUAGUAAUCACGACUUACAAGCCCAUCUUCAGAACUUUGUUCUUACUAAUGUCUAUCCCUUGGAGGAGAUUGAAAAGGCUAAUAUUGAAGAGAUCUUAUUAGCCUUUACUAAAGAGGUUUCUGGGGUUUAUUUAGUCGAGUAUUCAGGUUGGUUGUUAGGUUGGCGUUGUGGACUCUUCCAGCUGCACAACCAUGUACUUACUCGCACUUCAACUAAGACGGGCAAAAUCACCGAAACCAUUAACACCAAAGAGUGCAUUAUUAGUCUCAGUGGCCGCACUCUCCGCAUCCAGCAAGGUCCGCAGAAGGAAAGGUCCUUCAUAGCCAAUGAUCAAAGAACUCUUGUCAUUCUCAAGAAAUGGUUCUCUUAA